AUGAGUAGCCAGUAUAUCAACGAGCCGAUUACAACAGGAAAGGUCACACUUGAAACCACCGCCGGAGAUAUCGAAAUUGAAUUAUGGACGAAAGAAGCUCCACUAGCAUGCCGGAAUUUCAUUCAGUUGUGCAUGGAGAAUUACUACAAAGGAACAACUUUCCAUCGCCUUGUUAAAAAUUUCAUUCUACAAGGAGGAGACCCGACGAAUUCAGGAACUGGCGGAGAAAGUAUCUACGGAAAGCCAUUCAAGGAUGAAUUCCACCAACGUCUCAAAUUCAAUCGUCGCGGAAUCGUUGGAAUGGCGAACGCUGGUCGAGAUGACAAUGGAUCUCAGUUCUUCUUCACGAUUGGAGAUCGCGGAGCUCCGGAACUCGACAAAAAGCACACGGUAUUCGGAAAAGUGACAGGUCCAACACUAUUCAAUAUGCUAAAAAUCACGGAAGUGGAGACAGAAGGAGAUCGGCCAGUGACACAGUACAAGAUCACUGGCGCUCGAAUUGACAAUAAUCCAUUUGAUGACAUAAAGCCGAGAGAGAAGAAGAAGAAAGAAAGAAGUGAACGAAAAAAAGAGCCGAAGGUUGUGGAAACGAAGAAAACGAAUCUGCUCUCAUUCGGAGAUGAAGCUGAUGAGGAUGAGGAGGAAUUGACAAUUUUCAAGAAGAAAACCGGAAAUAAAUCAAAGUCUGCUCAUGAUGCACAUGACAAUGAUACAGUAGGAUUGUCAAAGCAGGCGGCAGUAACUCGGGAUGAGAUGAGCAAUUAUUGUCCAGAAGAUGAUGACGUCGUCAGGGAUGCCUCCUCGAUUUCGUCUAUUCGUGAGAAGUUGAUGAAGAAAAGUCAGAAGAGAAAGCUCGAAGAAAAACCAGCUGGAGAAGAUGAAGACUACGAACAGAUGAUUGAGGAUGAGAAGAAGGCAAAAGAGAGGGAAGAAAUUGACAAAAUGAAUUCGGAGCUGAAAGAGAUGCAAAAAGAGUACAUGAAGGCAUUGCGACCAGUGAAGGAGAAGAAAAAGAAAGAGAAAAAUGAGACACUUUCAGAAGCGAUGCAAUCCUAUCAUGAUCUCAAAAUGAGAUUUAAAUCGAAAACCAAAGAUGUUGUGAAACAAAAAGAUGCUCAACGAGAAGGGCAAACAAUGCAGAUGCUGGAAAGAUUCAAGAAUCGUCUGGGAGCAUCUAACCAAGAAGCGAUUCUAUUCGAUCGAAAGAUUCAGUUAAAAGAGGAACCCGUGAAAAAUAAAGAUGACGAAGGUGAAGAGAAAAAGUUUGGAACGAUGGAUUUGGAUGCAGAAGAUCUUCAAGGAACAUCGUGGAUGUCUCAUCGAUUCAAAGCAGAAGAUGUCCAGCUAUCGUCGAAAGCAAAAGAUGCGAAUAUGCGAGAGGAGAGUGAAGACUGGUAUCAUAUCACUGAUCCCAGGAAUAAGAUGGCAAAGAGACGGCGUGGAGAGGAAUAA